UAUUGUCACUUUUGUGAAGAACGAGCUGAAGAAGAUUCAGAAGCUUCUGAGACCAGAUUACCCAGAAUGCCCAGAGAGUCAGAGUAAGGGGAGGGUGAAGAGCAGGGCAGCAGCAGAGAGGCGUUUCUGAAGAUCACACUGCACUUCCUGAGGAGAAUGAAGCAGGACGGGCUGGCUGACCGUCUGCAGGGCAGAAGUCCAGCAGGAGUUUCUAAGUGUAAACUCAAAUCUAAGUUAGACAGGAAGUUCCAGCGUGUGUUUGAGGGGAUUGCUAAAGCAGGAGACCAAACUGUUCUGGAUCAGAUGUUCACAGAGAUCUUCCUCAUGAAGGGAGGGGCUGCAGAGGUCAAUGAUCAACAUGAGGUCAGACAGAUUGAAACAGCAUCCAGGAAACCAGACAGACCAGAAACAACAAUCAGACAAGAAGACAUCUUUAAAACCCCACCUGGAAGAGAUGAACCAAUCAGAGCAGUGAUGACAAAGGGAGUGGCUGGCAUCGGGAAAACAGUCUUAACACAGAAGUUCACUCUGGACUGGGCUGAAGGCAAAGCCAACCAGGACAUCCAGUUCAUAUUCCCAUUCACCUUCAGAGAGCUGAAUGUGCUGAAAGAGAGAAAGUUCAGCUUGGUGGAACUUGUUGAUUACUUCUUUAGUGAAACCAAAGAAGCAGGACUCAGCAGGUUUGAAGAGGUCCCGGUGGUCUUCAUCUUUGACGGUCUGGAUGAGUGUCGACUUCCUCUGGACUUCAUCAACACUAAAAUCCUGACUGAUGUUACCUGGACUGUACCAGGACAAGACUCAACAUUUAAACCUACAGAUGUUAUCUGUCUUGUUUCCUGUGGUCUCUCCAGGCUGAGUGGCUGUAACCUGUCAGAGAGAAGCUGUGAAGCUCUGUCCUCAGUUCUCAGCUCCCAGUCCUCUAGUCUGAGAGAGCUGGACCUGAGUAACAACAACCUGCAGGAUUCAGGAGUGGAGCUGGUCUCUGAUGGACUGAAGAGUCCACACUGCACUCUGGAGACUCUCAGUCUGUCAGGCUGUCUGAUCUCAGAGGAAGGCUGUUCUUCUCUGGUCUCAGCUCUGAGCUCCAACCCCUCCCAUCUGAGAGAGCUGGACCUGAGCUACAAUCAUCCAGGAGACUCAGGAGUGAAGCUGCUGUCAGCGGGACUGAAGGAUCCUCUCUGGAGACUGGACACUCUCAGGGUGGAGCCUGCUGGAGUCAGAUGGUUGACACCAGGUCUGAGGAAGUAUUCCUGUGAACUCACAGUCGACACCAACACGGUACACAGGAGACUCAAACUGUCUGACAACAACAGGACGGUGACCCGGAUGGAGGAGGAUCAGCCAUAUCCUGGUCAUCCAGAGAGGUUUGAGUCCUGGUCUCAGCUGCUGUGUAGAGAUGGUCUGACUGGUCGCUGUUACUGGGAGGUCCAGACCAGAGGAGAGGUUUAUGUAUCAGUGAGUUACAGAGGAAUCAGGAGGACAGGAGACAGUAGAGACUGUGGGUUUGGAUAUAAUGAUCAGUCCUGGAGUCUGAGCUGCUCUGAUGGUGGUUACUAUGUCCGUCACAAUGACAGAGUAACCUCCGUCUCCGUCCCCCGUGUCUCUGGUAGAGUAGCAGUGUAUGUGGACUGUCCUGCUGGCUCUCUGUCCUUCUACCAGUCUCCUCUGCUCACUGAUCCACCUCCACACCUUCAACCCUCAUCCACUCAGACCCUCUAUCCUGGGUUUGGGUUCUGGUUUAGUGGUUCCUCAGUGUCUCUGAGUCCUGUGUAG